AAUCGCUUCCAAUGGGCUAUGGCUACCCACCCACUACCAUCUUGUCUCAGUUAGACUAAUAAUCCAGAGAGAGAGAGAGAGAGAGAGAGAGAGAGAGAUGAAGAAGGCGUAUCUGAUCAGAGUGAUUAAUGUCAUCUUCUUCAUCAUCACUGCCUUGCCUGCUCAUCAUGUAAGCUCACAAAGUGAUCAAUCCUGCGCCUCCAUUGAUCUCAACCUCAAUUCCGAGUUGUUUCCAUUUGAUACCACCUCUCUCUCCUGUCAGCCUGUUUGGAAUCCUCAUGGCUUCAUCCUCAGAUAUGGACAAGCAGGACCGAGCACAUGGAGCUUUGUUCUCUCGGCACCCGACACCAAUUCAUACAUAGCAAUCGGCUUCUCCUCCAACGGCAGAAUGGUGGGCUCCAGCUCGGUGGUGGGCUGGGCGGCGGGCGGCGGCGCUGCCCAAGCUAAACGAUACUAUUUAGGGGGCCAAACGCCGCUUAUGGUGGUGCCUGAUCAAGGGAACCUCUUCGUUGUCGCUAAUUCUUCAACAGUUAUUUCUACUUCUUCAGGCAUAUACUUGGCCUUCCAGCUGAUCACCGAGCGGCCAAAUUCGCAUCUGCUCUACGCCGUCGGACCUGCCGGAUUUUGGCCGGCGGGGCCCACCUUCCAGUUGUCCCAGCACAGGGACAUGAUCUCUACUUACUUCAAUUAUGGCACAGGUGAAGCCGAAAGUGAAGGGUGGCCAUAUUCAACGCUGAGGACAUGGCAUGGCAUUUUGAGCAUGGUGGGGUGGGGCAUUCUGAUACCAAUUGGGGUGAUCAUUGCUCGUUAUCUCAGGAACUGGGAUCCCUGGUGGUUUACUUCCCACGUCUUAGUCCAAUCACUUGGACUCCUCAUUGGAGCAGUUGGUGUGAUUUGCGGGUUGGUUCUAGAGAACAAGAGCAUGGUCGAUGUCACCAAGCACAAAAUCAUUGGCAUCUCCAUUCUUGUUCUUGGUUGCCUCCAGGUCACCGUUGCCUUGUGCAGGCCUGGAACCCUUUCCAAGGACAGGAGGUACUGGAACUGGUUCCAUCACAAUGUGGGCAGGGCUAUAGUAAUUCUUGCUGUGGCCAACGUGUUCUACGGGAUUAGCCUGGCCAAGGCUGGGAGCGAUUGGAAUGGUGGCUAUGGUCUUGCUCUUGCAGCCAUAGUUCUGGUUGCUGUAGUUCUGGAGCUUAGGUUGUGGACCCAAAAAUAGAAUUCAUCUAUUUUUCUUGUUUUCCCUUCAUGAGAUUUGUACUUCUAAUUCCUACUCAUCAAGCUUCAGCAAAUGCACUACUCCUUGAAUGUUGAUAUAAACAGAGAUGAUCGCACUACUCCUUGAAUGUUGAUAUAAACAGAGAUGAUCGAUGACUUAGGACCUGUGUGAUUGAUCCAAUCGACCAAUUUAAUGAGAUUAAGGUUUGAUAA